AGGGAAAAUGGCACUCCCAGGCCUGCAUUAACCACAACAUCCAGCUCGACUACUACAACGAAGAGUUUCCAUUCAACAGAUCUGAGUUCUAUAACUGAGGAACCAAAACGGGAACGAAGGAGAAGAAAUAAUGAGACAUCACAACAGCAAGAGGAAAGAUUGCGUAAAAACAGGGAGAGAAAUCAGUUAAGACGUCAAAUCGUAAGAACAGAAGCACAAGAAAGUAGAAGAAGGUUACAAAGAGAAAAUGAACAAAGAAUGCAUGGUGAAAGAGCGGAUGAACAAGGAGCGAGUGAAAGAGAAAGAGCGAGUGAACGAUAUGCGAUUGAACAAAGAGAGCGAGUAAAUGAAGAGAAAGAAAAAGCAAAUGAAAUAAGAGAAAGGGAGAUUGAACAAAAAGAGAGGAUGAAUGAACAGAGAGUGCGUGAAAAUGAAUUGGCAGAAAGAGCGGGUGAACGAUAUGCGAUUGAACAAAGAGAGCGAGCAAAUGAAGAGCGAGAAAAAGCAAAUGAAAUAAAAGAAAGGGAGAUUGAACAAAAAGAGAGGAUGAAUGAACAAAGAGAGCGUGCGAUUGAGGAAAGAGAGAGGAUGAAUGAACAGAGAGUGCGUGAAAAUGAAGAAAGAGAGAGGAUGAACGAACAGAAAGAGCGUGCAAAUGAAGAACGAGAGAGGAUAAAUGAACAGAAAGCGAAUGAAGAAAGGCAUGGAGAGAAUGUACAAAGAUCAAGGGAACAAGGAACGCAAAAUUUUGUAUUAUGCUUAUUUAUUGAAAAUAUAAAUAGUGUGUUUGUUACCUGA